AUGGACAGCAAACCAGCCACCACAUAUUCCUCCAAAGAGGAGGCUCAUAAGAUUUUGCAAUAUCUCUGCAAUGCGUUUGAUUCCAUAUCGCUGCCAUGCGGAGUAGCAAGCCGAGCCGAUCAUGUUCAAUUCGUCGCAGAACGCGACCAACCAUACUUUCCUAUUCCAUUCAAGGAGACGGAAACAACAGCAGCAUUAAAAGCUGUCGAGGCAUCAAUUGCGUCUCUCCUCUCAGAUACGAAGCAGGGAGAUGCGCCUUCACCGGCACAGAGGGAAAUCGUGAUCAAUCUUGAAAAGACGACAGCGUUUCUAUUUCAAGCAUACUUGGCUCGAGUUGGCGGAUAUGGAAAGCUCGAUAAACAAGUUAAAAGCCUGUUAAAAGAUACGGAUCUACUUCACGCGCAGUCUGAUCCUUAUCGCCGCAUGUCUGCAAAUUUAUAUGCCACGAAAACGCCCAAUGAGUACUAUCAUAUCCAUGGAUCGUUAGAAGCGUCAACAACGCUGAAAAUGAUUGGGCUAGAGCCGUUUCGACCAGAUCUAGCAACACAUGAACAGAUUGUGGAGACUAUUGGAUCUGCUGUCAAGAAAUUUACGGUGGCAGACUUGGAAAAGUUGAAUGCGCAGCACAGACAAGCAGGCGUUCAAGCCUUUCCGCACACCGAGUUUCUGAAAACACCUCAUGGAAAAGCAAACAUUGGACUUUCGCCUUGGUCAGUUGAGAAUAUAGAAGAUAAAUCGCCAAAGGUCCCUCUUCCAAGCCACAACGACAAUCGAUUACUCUCCGGUAUCAAGGUUCUCGAGCUAUGUCGCAUCAUUGCUGGCCCUACAGUUACCAGGAUUCUAGGCGAAUAUGGCGCCGAAGUCAUCAAAGUGACAAGUCCAAAUCUUAGCGAUGUGCCGUUCUUCCAAGUAGACGGCAACAUGGGAAAACGAGCGACGGAUCUAGACCUCAAGACACCGGAAGGAAGGGAAACGUUUGAGAAGCUCUUGGCCGAAGCUGAUGUCGUGGUUGAUGGGUAUCGUCCCGAGGCUAUUGCAAAAUUGGGAUAUGGUCCCCAGCAGCUUGCAGAGCUAGCUUCUAAGAGGGGCAAAGGGUUCGUCUACGUCAACGAGAACUGUUUUGGAUAUGAAGGCGAGUGGUCAAGACGAGCCGGAUGGCAGCAAAUUGCAGACUGCGUGACGGGCGUUGCUUGGGAGCAAGGCAAGUUCAUGGGCCUCGACGAGCCUAUGGUGCCACCGUUCCCCAUUUCAGACUACGGCACCGGCUGCAUCGGUGCAAUCACAGCUCUGGUCGGGCUCUAUCACCGGGCAACUCGCGGUGGGUCUUGGCACGGCAAAGCCAGCCUCUUGCACUACGAUCUUUUACUGUUCAAGGUCGGUUUACUGCCCGAACAUGUCCAGCAGAAUCUCCGGGAAACAAUGGGUCCUGAGGUUCUGGCGCUACGGUACCAUAACAGCGUGGAUCAGAUUUCGGGAACCGUGCUGCGUCGUAUGCGAGAAGUAUUUCCUGAAUUCGUGGAUAACCCGAAAUACGUGGAUAAGUGGUAUUCGGAUAAGUACAAGGCUGAAGUAUGUGCGGUCAAGCCGGUGGCAGAGAUUGAAGGUUUGGAGAUUGGAUUUCGGAGAGCAAGCCGGCCAAACGGCUCGGAUGAGGCAAAGUGGGAAUUGGAUGAGGAAAAGGAUUAUCGGCUGGAAUAG